CUCUCUCCUCUCCGUCUCUCUCCUCCAAGAGAAGAGCGGCGCGGCGAAGCCUCCCCUUCACCGCCGCCGCCGGCACCGCCUCCCUCCUCUCUGUGUAACGCACUCCCACUCCCUUAUCCUUUCGCAAACCCACCACCUUCCUCCACUGCUCCGCCGCUCUUCGCUCCCUCCCCGCCAGCGCCAUUAACACCGGCGUAAGUCCCUCUUUUCUCCUCGCCAACAACAAACACCAACCAUCUCGGCCUGUCUACCCUAGUUUCCGCACGAUAAUGGUCGGUUCCUCUGUUAAUGAAUCACGAGUAGGACAACUGCGCUUCUCCAGUCCAGCCUUCACAUUGCCUUGCUCUGCUCCAUACACUAGCGGACCAUGCGCUUGCAACUCAAAUGCGUUUUGAUGCCAGGAAGGAUCAUCUCUGGCUUCUUUCCUGGGGGUGCCGCUGCCGGUUCUGGCGCUCCAUGAUAUUUCGGUGUUGGUCUUGAUAGUAUACCAACUUCUUGCCUUCCUUCAACGAAGCAUACUUCUUCUCCUGAAACCUUAAUUCUUCUUCUUUCUUUUCUGAACUAAGACCGAGUUUGGCUCUCACUAUACUAUUAUAUAGAAAUCAGUAUUCUCUUUAUGGCCAUGACAUCGCUUCCUCCUGGAUACCGGUUCCAUCCAACCGAUGUUGAACUCACUGUCUAUUAUCUAAAGAGGAAGUUGUUGGGGAAGAAUUUACGCUGCAACGCGGUCACUGAUAUCGAUCUAUACAAAUUUGCCCCUUGGGAUCUUCCAGAGAAAGCUUCAUUGCAGAGUGGGGAUCUCGAGUGGUAUUUCUUUUGCACACGUGAUAGGAAGUAUUCUAUUGGGUCAAGGACUAACCGGUCAACUGAAGCUGGGUAUUGGAAAGCUACUGGAAAGGACAGGCCGGUAGUAUAUAAUUCCCGGACUGUUGGGAUGAAGAGGACUCUGGUGUUUCAUCUUGGCAAGCCACCAAGGGGUAAUAGAACUGACUGGGUGAUGUAUGAGUAUAGGCUGGUGGAAAGUGAAAUACCUGCUUCUGAUGUUAAACUGGAUGACUGCGUUCUCUGCAAAAUCUUCAAGAAAAGUGGUCUAGGUCCUAAGAUCGGGGAACAGUAUGGUGCUCCAUUUGAUGAAGAGGAAUGGAAUGAUGUUAACAAGGACCUUUCCGGUCUUUCCCCUUCUGUACCCCAUUCUUUACCUGGAUCAAGUCAUGGUGUGUCGAACGCAGCGGGUCAACGACUGGCUGCUAGUGAUGUUGGCAAGGUUCCCUCGAGCCUUUUCUCAGAAAAUAAUGGCAAAGGUGCUGUCAAUUGUGUUGGACCUAAAAGGACAUCUGGUCCUGAUAUUUCUCGUGACAGCAUACAUAUACAGCAGCUAGCUGACAUUAUCGGUCGUUUCUCGACGGAAGUUUUAAGCCAAGAUGGUCUACCGCCUGAUUUGACUGUUGACAAGGACACCAAACCAUUGUCCGACGACAGCGAGACGAUAUUCGACGUACCAGGGGAAGUCGCUCCUCAGUCGCUGGACAGCGUCUGUGGCCAGUGUGGCUUGUGUGGCGUGCGUCUGGUCGAACCUAUGCUGGAGCCAGUAGAAGGCGAACAGUACCUGGAGCUGAAUGAUCUCUCGUUCUAUUGGCACACCGCCAGCGAUCGUCCUGGCAGUCUAGUGCUGCCGAACGGCAUCUCUGACGAGCAGCCUCUGCACUUAGAGCCCAAGGUUGAGCAGCAGGAGUCGCCCGACGGUGGCGUCUGCAAUGGCGCCACAUCUGGGGCAGGUGCUGGAUUGGAGGCUAGGUAGAGGAUCUGAUGAUCGGGUGAUCUUAACGCUCGGUAUGUUCACUGCCGUUUCUCUGUUAGGGGCUUGCUUGACAAGAGAUGCUAAUUGGCUGCUGCAGUUAUGGGUCGGUCGCCGUUUUGUUCUGAGGCAGUUAUGCUAACCAGUUUGGUGGUAAAGCAGUUAUAAAACGAGAAGAUGUGAAUAUAGGCUUGAGAGCACUGGUUCUGCGCUGCUGGGGAGACCAACUUGAACGCGAGAAUGUAACGAAUAUUAUAUUCUUUGUAGAUUAGUUAGGAUCUGAGGAAAAACUCGUAGCAGUGUCUGGUUUUACAUGA